GGAGGGAGCUCGGCCCUGCUCCCCCGCUGGCCUCUGAUCUGCCUACACCUCCUCUGGGACUGAAAGAUCUUGGCAAAGCUGCCCCCAAAGAUUCCUGCUAACACUUGUCUGUUCCUGCCUUUUGUGAAGCCUGGCACUCGCAGGACUCGGAGAAGAAUCUUAAACCCCAGCCUCUGCAGCUGCUCCAGAGGGCGCUCUGUACAGCUCAUCCACCACCCGGCUCAGCUCCGGGAGCUGCUCACAUCCUAGCGAUGCCCCGGGGAGUGUUGGUCCCAGCUGGAUGAGACCGUUCCCGAGUGGGACUCAGGCUUGCCACCGCCAAGACUCCCACGCUGCCCCCCCACCACUUCUCAUGUCUGGCUGCCCUGGCAGACUCUAGAAUGUCUGUGCCCCAGAUCCAAGUAGAAGAAGUGGCCGGUGGGGAAGAAGGGCCGGCCGGAGCAGCCCCGCCUCCUGACGACCACCUGCGGAGCCUGAAGGCCCUCACCGAGAAACUGAGGCUGGAGACCCGCAGGCCCUCCUACCUGGAAUGGCAGGCCAGGCUGGAGGAGCAGACAUGGCCCUUCCCGAGGCCGGCUGCCAAGCAGGGGGAGUGUGGGGAGGAGGAGCCCAGGCAGCACCCUGCACCCAACAGGAGUCCCAGGGACGACGGCCCCAGGGCCACUGGCAAGCUGGAGGGCUUUGAGAGUAUCGACGAAGCUAUAGCCUGGCUCAGGAAGGAACUGACGGAGAUGCGGCUUCAGGACCAGCAGCUGGCCAGACAGCUCAUGCGCCUGCGCAGUGACAUCAACAAGCUGAAGAUAGAGCAGACCUGCGACCUCCACAGGAGGAUGCUCAACGAUGCCACCUACGAACUGGAGGAACGGGAUGAGCUGUCCGACCUCUUCUGCGACUCCCCGCUUGCCUCCUCCUUCAGUCUGUCCACGCCACUCAAGCUCAUUGGAGUCACCAAGAUGAACAUCAACUCCCGGAGGUUCUCUCUCUGCUGAGAAGCCCUAGAAGGGGGCAGAAAAACCAGAAGAGAGAGUUUGGGAGGCAGGGAGAGGGUGUGGGAAGGGUGUUGAGGCCAAGUUACCCCAAGUGGGUCUCCCCAUAGGCGAGACCUGUGAACCGUGGGCCCCCAGGACCUGUCGGCAGGUGCUUUCUUGGGGCCCCCAGCUAUGGAUCCCAACAUCCCAUGACUGGCUCUUGCUUAACACCCAAAGAGUUCUGCCGAAGGGCCCCUCCACCCAGAUGUUCAGUGAGACCUGGGUUCCCAGCACGACACGUCACAGUCCUCCCCUCAGUGCUCUAUAUUCCUGUUUCCCAGAAUCACUGGUGCUAUGAACUGGGAUCCCAAAUGGGGCCCCCCAAAAACUGUGAUUCUUGCAGAAAGCUUCCCCAAGGGUACUGAGCCCCCAAGGGGGAGGUGAUCAGA